AGUCACGUACCGACUUAACUCUUAAUCGAACGGAAAGACUUUGAGAGUCGUCCUAUCGGUCUUACUGCAUCUUCGAUAUUACAUUUUAAAUCUUGAAACAUGGGAUUAAGUCACGUGAUAGCUGUUGUAUUUUCAGUCGUAUUUGUGAUGCUAUGCGCGUCUUUGCCGGUACAGGAAAAUAUUUUUACGUGCGACUGCAACCAUUGCAAUGUGAAGAGUACGAUCGAUCCUGGAGAAAAGGAAAUGACUACGAUCGUUCCGGAUGAGAAAACGAGUGAAAAAAAAAGCAGCAGUAGUAAUGGUGAUGAAACAAUCUGCGCUCGUGAUCGCGACUUCGAAGACAAAACCUUUUCGAGCGUAUGUCAUAUGCUUUGUUACAAUAAAUGUACUCGUUUUCGUAUAACUCCGCAGAAGAAUACAACAAGAUACAUUACUGUUAUUUAUAGAACGAAUUAUUACAAAUUGUGGAAUGGUCCUUGUUAAGGAAAAACGUGCAUGACGUGGACAAAGGAAAAUAUCAAUCAUUUAUCUAGUAGACAUAUCUUAUAAAGAUGCAAAAAAUGAUUUAAUAAACUUUAUAUCAUUACGUUAAAAAAAAAAAAAAAAA